AUGAAAGCGGACGGCUGGGCCUCUCGGCGUGGCGAAAACCUGCAGGCCGAGCCCGGACGGCAGAACCAACAGCAGCAGACAAAAUACGAGGCCGGCCAGCCUUUGCGCGACCUCUCUGUCCGGACCGACUGGCCGUUGGCUGCAUGGUCCCAACGGGCCUGUCCGGGACGCCGUGAAAGUACUCGACUCCGUAGCCAUGGUCGUCCGGCCAGCACGCAGAUGCAUGAUUAUGACAACGGCCUGUCGCAGCCAACUUCUCGUAUCGGAUGA